GUAACGACUGAAAAACUUGGAAAAUAAAAUGAACAUGCUGUGGUAUUGAACAUAAUUUUUUUUUGAGGAAAAAUAAAAGUGCCAGAGUGAAAGCCAGAAUGGCAUCCAGAGAGAGGCUCUUUGAACUUUGGAUGCUUUAUUGUACAAAGAAAGAUCCGGAUUACCUGAAGCUGUGGUUGGACAAUUUUGUUUCUAGCUACGAACAAUUCUUAGAUGUUGACUUCGAAAAACUGCCUACCAGGGUAGAUGAUAUGCCUCCAGGAAUAUCUCUGCUUCCUGAUAAUAUUCUGCAGGUUCUGAGGAUCCAGCUCCUCCAGUGUGUUCAGAAAAUGGCCGAUGGGUUAGAGGAACAACAACAGGCCUUGUCCAUUUUGCUUGUCAAGUUCUUCAUUAUUCUUUGCAGAAAUCUAUCAAAUGUAGAAGAAAUUGGGACUUGCUCGUAUAUUAAUCAUGUCAUCACCAUGACAACACUCUAUAUUCAGCAAUUAAAAAGCAAAAAAAAGGAGAAGGAAAUGGCGGAUCAGACUUCUAUUGAAGAAUUUGUGAUUCAUGCAUUGGCAUUUUGUGAAAGUUUGUAUGAUCCUUAUAGGAAUUGGCGACAUAGAAUCUCAGGACGCAUCCUUAGUACCAUGGAAAAGAGCAGACAGAAAUAUAAACCAGCUUCUCUCACAGUAGAGUUUGUCCCUUUCUUUUAUCAAUGUUUUCAGGAAAGUGAACAUCUCAAGGAAAGUCUUAAGUGUUGCUUAUUACACCUAUUUGGAGCCAUUGUAGCCGGUGGGCAGAGGAAUGCUCUGCAAGCAAUUUCUCCGGCCACCAUGGAAGUUCUUAUGCGAGUUUUGGCAGAUUGUGAUUCCUGGGAGGAUGGAGAUCCUGAAGAAGUGGGUAGGAAGAUAGAACUAACCCUGAAGUGCCUUACGGAAGUGGUGCAUAUACUUCUCACAAGCAGCUCUGACCAGCGUCAAGUGGAAACUAGUACAAUUUUGGAGAAUUAUUUUAAAUUGUUAAAUUCAGAUCAUUCAGCUUUACCCAAACAAAGGAGAUCUAGACAGUGGGAAAGCCGGUUCAUAGCUCUCCAGAUCAAAAUGCUGAAUACCAUCACCGCCAUGUUAGAUUGUACAGAUAGGCCUGUACUUCAGGCCAUUUUUCUUAACAGUAAUUGCUUUGAACAUCUCAUACGACUGCUACAGAACUGCAAGCUAUUUUUAAAUGCUAGCAAUAAGGUGGCAGACAAGAACCAGAAAGACCUUGCCAACAAAUUACUGACAGAAAUGAAUGAGGACCAGGUGUUUCAGGGACAGUUGGAUUGUUUGGCCGUCUCAACCAUUCAGGCUUUGACAGCAGUGAUGAACAAGUCUCCAGCUGCUAAGGAAGUAUUUAAAGAAAGAAUUGGUUAUACACAUAUGUUUGAAGUAUUAAAAUCUAUGGGUCAGCCAGCAUUGGAACUACUUAAAGAACUAAUGAAUAUGGCCGUAGAGGGUGACCACACUUCAGUUGGUAUUUUGGGCAUAAGUAAUGUCCAUCCUCUUUUGCUUCUCAUCCAGUGGCUUCCAGAACUAGAAUCACAUGAUUUGCAAAUCUUCAUCUCUGAUUGGCUGAAAAGAAUUUGUUGUAUUAAUAGGCAGAGUCGAACUACUUGUGUCAAUGCAAACAUGGGAAUUAGAAUCAUCGAAACUCUUGAUUCUCAUUCUUCCCUCCAUCAAACUUGUGCUGAGAACUUGAUUGCAAUCCUUGGUUCCUUGGGGAGUCAGUCAGUGAGCUCAGAAGAAAUCCGUCGACUGUUGAGAUUGCUGAGAGUGGAUGAAGCUGAGCAUAUUCACCCUUAUACCAUUCCUGUCACUCGAGCAAUCCUGACAAUGGCCCGGAAACUAAGUCUAGAGAGUGCACUGCAGUACUUUAAUCUGUCACAUAGUAUGGCAGGAAUUUCUGUGCCUUCCAUACAGAAAUGGCCCGGGUCUGCCUUUUCUUUUAGUGCGUGGUUUUGCUUAGAUCAAGACCAGUUGACUCUUGGCGCUGCUAACAAAGGAGGAAAGAGAAAACAGUUGUACAGCUUUUUUACAGGAAGUGGAAUGGGUUUUGAAGCUUUUAUUACCCAUUCAGGUAUGUUGGUUGUGGCAGUGUGCACAAAAAGAGAAUAUGCAACAGUGAUGCUUCCUGAUCACAGUUUCUGCGAUUCCCUCUGGCACAACAUAACCAUUGUUCACAUGCCUGGAAAAAGGCCCUUUGGUCAGAGUCUAGUGUAUAUCUACGACAAUGGACAACAGAAGGUAUCUGCCCCUCUGAGAUUUCCUGCCAUGAAUGAACCUUUUACUUCCUGCUGCAUUGGUUCAGCUGGGCAAAGAACCACCACUCCUCCACCAUCCCAAAUCCCAGAUCCACCCUUUUCAUCUCCCAUUUCCCCUCAUCGAUCAUCAUUUGGUGGAAUUCUGUCAUCAGCCUCCAGGGGAGGAACAGCAGAAAAGUCAAAAUUGACUACCAAAUUGAUAUCAGCUGGAACCCAAGACAGUGAAUGGGGAUGUCCCACGUCUCUGGAGGGUCAGCUAGGGUCUGUUAUUGUCUUCUGUGAAGCACUACAGCCUCCUCAAGUGAAGACGUUAUAUUUAGCAGGUCCAAAUUGUUUAAGUCCUUGGAAAUGUCAAGAGUCUGACAUGGCCGACCUGCCUGCUAACGUCCUUCUUCACUACACAGCAAAGGCCUGCAAAAACUCCAUCUGUCUCGAUUUAUCUGUUAACUGCUUGCAUGGAAGAUUAACAGGAAAUAAAGUGGUGAAUUGGGACGUUAAGGAUAUCAUAAACUGCAUAGGUGGAUUAAAUGUACUCUUUCCUCUGUUGGAACAAAUCAGCCACUUUAAUGAGGGACUGAUUCCUGGAGGAUUGAAUGAAGCAGCAGUUUCUGAAUUGGUAACAGCUGUAGAAGAAGAUCGGCUGGUAUUGACCUCCACAAAGGCAUCAGAGUCAAGACUAGAGAGGAAUCUAGUUGCGACAUUUAUCUUGAUUGUGAAACACUUUAUUCAGAGGCAUCCUAUCAACCAAGAAAAUUUGAUUCACUCCCAUGGAGUUGCAACUCUUGGUACCUUACUUCAGAAGGUGCCAAGCACCAUGAUGGAUGUUAAUGUAUUGAUGGCAGUUCAAUUACUAAUUGAACAGGUGUCACUAGAGAAAAAUUCGCAGCUUCUGCAACAAAUGUAUCAAUAUUUGCUCUUUGAUUUCCGUAUUUGGAACCGUGGAGAUUUUCCUUUUCGAAUUGGUCAUAUACAGUAUCUUUCAACCAUCAUUAAAGACAGCAGGAGAGUUUUCCGAAAAAAGUAUGGUGUACAGUUUCUCCUGGAUACGCUUAGGAUUUAUUACGGGAGUAGUUGUAAAUAUAAUGAGCUAUCGCUUGAUGAUAUUCGAACAAUAAGGACUUCUUUGUAUGGUCUGAUUAAAUAUUUUCUGUGCAGAGGUGGAACUCAUGAGGAAAUACAAAGUAUCAUAGGCUACAUAGCUGCCACCAAUGAAGAAGAGCAGCUCUUAGGAAUUUUGGAUGUACUCUUCAAUCUCCUACGAACCAGCCCAACUAGAGGUCAGCUUUUCUUACUGCUGUUUGAACCAGGAAACGCUGAUAUCCUUUACGCCUUGCUCUUAAAUCAGAAGUACUCUGACAGACUGCGAGAAAUAAUUUUUAAGGUUAUGGAGCAGAUGUUGAAAUGCACAAACGUUUAUGAACGUAGCAAACAACGUAUUCGACUCAGAGAGGUUGGCUAUUCAGGAUUGGGACUCCUUCUUAAUGAAUCACCCAUUAAUACUUCUCUUAUUAAAAACCUCACCAAUCAAAUCAUAAAUACAGAUUCCUUUAUUAAUUUCAAAGACCUGUUAUCUGUGGUAUAUAUGUCUCACAGAACAUAUUUAAAUGUCAGAGUGAUCAUCUGCAGAAAGAUUUUACAGAUUUUGAGGUCCCAACCAGAUGCAGCACAUCAAAUGUCACAACAAGUGGGUUGGCAAGACACUUUAGUUAGGCUGUUUUUAAAAGCAAACUUUGAAAAUGGGAAUACUCUUCAUAAGUACAGUAAGGCUGUUCCAGUGAAAGACAACGAUAAAAAUAUGUCAACUGAAGAUGUUAAGAGGAACUUUGAUGAAAAGGCUGAUGAGGAAAAAUCCAGCUCUUUUGCAUCAGGGAAUGUGUCUUCUGAUCAGUGGAGUUUGGAAGACAGACAGUCGCUCGACUCAAACACACCGUUAUUUCAGGAAGAUAGUUCUGUGGGAGAAUUGUCUUUCAAAUCAGAGGAUCAAGAAGAAUUGUGGCCUAGUAUCCCUUCACAUUUGAGUUUAGAUCUCAGUGGAAUUGAGUCAUGUGAACUGAGCGAUAGUGGAAGUCAAAUGCCAGACAGCCUGCCUAGCACACCAUCCCCAAUGGAGUCUGUGAAACCUUUUUCUGUGCAGUCUGACAGAGACAGCAACAUCACACAUGAUACCGGUUUUAAUGAUGAUUACUCUUUACUUGAAAGCCAAGAGAGAUGUGAGGAAGAACUUUUUCAGUUACUGACAAGUAUUUUGAAUUAUGUAAUGUGUAAGGGACUUGAAAAGUCGGAUGAUGAUACUUGGGUUGAACGAGGACAAGUGUUUUCAGCAUUAACCAAACCAGGAAUAUCCAGUGAACUACUUCGACCACCAGAUGAAAUAAAACUUACUUUGCUACAGAAGAUGUUAGAAUGGGCAGUCACAGAAAACAGAGACGCAAAAACAAAUCCAGUAGCUGCUGAAAAUGCCUUCCGACUCACGCUGAUCACACAGGACUUCCUGCAGUCAGAGGGACUGGCUAAUUCAAACAUGUGGACUGAGAAGCUUUUAGAGGAUAUCAUGCUGCUCUUUGAUUGUCUGUCCGUCUGGUUUGCUGAAAGUCUGGUAUGGGGAAAACUCUCUCAAAUUCAGAUCCAGUUGCUUCUAGGAUUCAUUGGAAGGGGCAAUCUACAGGUUUGUGCAAUGGCAUCAGCAAAGCUAAACACCCUUCUUCAGACCAAAGUGAUUGAAAAUCAGGAUGAAGCAUGCUAUAUUUUAGGGAAACUGGAACAUGUUCUAAGUCAAUCUGUUAAGGAACAAACUGAAAUCUACUCAUUUCUGAUUCCUCUCGUACGGACCCUGGUUUCCAAAAUUUAUGAACUUCUCUUCAUGAACUUGCACCUGCCUUCUUUACCCUUUACUAAUGGUAGCUCCUCAUUUUUUGAAGACUUUCAAGCAUAUUGCAGUUCAAAUGAAUGGCAAGUUUACAUAGAAAAAUAUAUUGUACCUUAUAUGAAGCAGUAUGAAACCCAUACAUUUUAUGACGAUCGUGAAAAUAUGGCACUUUAUUGGAAGGGUUGUUACGAAGCAUUAAUGGUGAAUAUGCAUAAACGAGAUCGGGAAGGAGGGGAAAGCAAGCUCAAAUUCCAGGAGUUUUUUGUGGAACCUUUUAAUCGAAAAGCACGUCAUGAGAACUUGAGGUAUAAUAAUAUGCUUAAACAACUGAGCAGUCAGCAGUUAACUGCUUUCAGACGCUGGAAGGCAACACAGCUCUACCUUACGUGUGAAAGAGGACCUUGGGCUGAAAGGAAACAGAAUCCAGUUCACUGGAAACUAGCUAAUGUAGAAAAUUAUUCCCGCAUGAGACUUAAACUGAUUCCAAACUAUAAUUUCAAAACCCAUGAAGAAGCUAGUGCUUUGAGGGAUAAUUUAGGUGUCCAACACUCACAGCCUUCUAGUGAUUCACUGCUUUUGGAAGUAGUAAAACAAGUAAAAGUUAGUGAUAUGGAAGAAGACAAAUUGGAACUUCUUGAAGAGGACUUAGCAGCCAGAGUAAAUAUUGAUGAGAAAGAAGAACAGGAUCAAAAAGAAAAAUUGCUGUUGAUGGAAGACUGUGAACUCAUUACAGCAAUUGAUGUAAUUCCUGGAAGAUUGGAAAUCACAACGCAUCACCUUUACUUUCAUGACUGCAGCAUUGAAAAAGAGGACGGAGUCGGUUUUGAUUUCAAGUGGCCUCAUUCUCAAGUUCGAGAGAUUCACUUACGACGUUAUAACUUGAGAAGAUCAGCCCUUGAGAUUUUUCAUGUUGACCAAUCCAAUUACUUUCUCAAUUUCAAAAAAGAGGCUAGAAACAAAAUAUAUAGCAGACUAUUGUCACUUCAUUCUCCAAAUAGUUACGGAACCAGAUCACCACAGGAAUUAUUCAAAGCAUCAGGAUUGACCCAGAAAUGGGUGAACAGAGAGAUAUCAAAUUUUGACUACCUCAUUCAAAUAAAUACAAUGGCAGGCCGAACCUAUAAUGACCUUGCUCAGUAUCCUGUGUUUCCCUGGAUUUUACAAGAUUAUACUUCAGAAGAAUUGGACCUAAAUAACCCUGCUGUAUUUCGAGAUCUUUCCAAACCAAUUGGAGUAGUUAAUGAUAAAAAUGCCAAAACUAUGAGAGAAAAAUAUGAAAAUUUUGAGGAUCCUAUGGGAACUAUUGAUAAGUUUCAUUAUGGCACUCACUAUUCAAAUUCUGCGGGGGUCAUGCACUAUCUGAUUCGUGUAGAACCAUUCACCACCCUCCAUAUCCAGCUCCAGAGUGGAAGGUUUGACUGCGCAGAUCGACAGUUCCAUUCUCUCCCUGCUACCUGGCAAGCUCUCAUGGAUAAUCCAAAUGAUGUGAAAGAACUGAUUCCUGAAUUCUUCUACUUCCCAGAGUUCUUGGAAAAUCAAAAUCACUUUAACUUGGGUCGCCUACAAGUUUCCAAAGAACUAGUAAAUGAUGUCAUUCUCCCCAAAUGGGCUAAGUCAGCUGAAGAUUUCAUCUAUAAACAUAGGAAAGCUCUGGAGUCUGAAUAUGUUUCUGCUCAUCUUCAUGAAUGGAUAGAUCUAAUUUUUGGCUAUAAACAGAGAGGUCCAGCGGCAGUGGAGGCACUCAAUGUUUUCUAUUACUGUAGUUAUGAAGGAGCUGUAGAUCUGGAUGCCUUGACAGAUGAGAAGGAAAGAAAAGCCUUAGAAGGAAUGAUUAAUAAUUUUGGGCAAACUCCUUGUCAGCUGUUAAAGGAACCACACCCUCCUAGACUGUCAGCAGAGGAGGCGAUUCAGAAGCAGACCAAAUCGGACACUUCAACCCUAAACCUCUUUCAACACCUCCCUGAACUCAAGUCGUUUUUUAUAGAGGGAAUUAGUGACGGUAUUCCACUCUUAAAGGCCAUUGUCCCCAAAAAUCAGUCACGUUCUUUUAUGUCUCAAGGCAGCCCUGAGUUACUGGUAACAGUAAGCAUGAAUUAUGUUAUUGGAACACAUGGAUGGCUGCCUUAUGACAGAAACAUAUCUAAUUACUUCACAUUCAUCAAGGAUCAAACUGUGACAAAUCCAAAAACUCAGCGUAGUAUCAAUGGUCCUUUUGCUCCAGGGCUGGAGGUCACUUCCAAGCUGUUUGUAGUAUCACAUGAUGCAAAGUUGCUCUUCAGUGCUGGACACUGGGAUAAUAGCAUCCAAGUAAUGUCACUUACAAAAGGCAAAAUUAUCUCACACCAUAUCAGACAUAUGGAUAUUGUGACUUGCUUAGCUACAGAUUACUGUGGAAUACAUUUGAUUUCUGGCUCCAGAGAUACUACAUGUAUGAUAUGGCAAAUAACGCAACAGGGAGGUGUUCCCACUGGCUUAGCUUCUAAACCAUCUCAGAUUCUUUAUGGACACACCAAUGAAGUAUUGAGUGUCGGCAUCAGCACUGAACUAGACAUGGCAGUGUCAGGAUCAAGGGAUGGCACUGUGAUUAUACAUACCAUCCAGAAAGGCCAGUACAUGAGGACUUUACGACCACCUUGUGAGAGUUCACUGCUCCUGACCAUUCCCAACGUGGCUCUGUCUUGGGAAGGACAUAUUGUCAUCUACUCCAGCAUUGAAGAAAAGACCAGCCUCAAGGACAAGAAUGCGUUACAUCUGUUUUCUGUAAAUGGCAAGUAUCUGGGGUCUCAAAUCCUGAAGGAACAAGUAUCAGAUAUGUGUGUAGUUGGAGAACACAUUGUCACGGGCAGCCUACAGGGGUUCCUGUCUAUAAGAGAUCUCCACAGUUUGAAUCUCAGCAUCAACCCAUUGUUCAUGCGAUUGUCUAUCCACUGUGUUUGUGUAACCAAAGAAUCCAGCCAUAUUCUUGUGGGCUUAGAAGACGGCAAACUGAUUGUGGUGGGCGUUGGCAAGCCAGCUGAGAUGCGGUCAGGUCAACUUUCUCGAAAAUUGUGGGGAUCUAGCAAGCGACUCAGCCAGAUUUCAUCUGGAGAAACUGAAUAUAAUACACAAGAUUCCCAGUGAUUGUGUUUCCGUCUUUUGUCAUGGAUAACUGAAACCUGAUUUAUUCCUUUGCCACUUUAACACGUGUUUCAACUCUCUGAAAUGUUUUAAUGUUUUUAUCCCUGAAAAUCAUUUAGGGAUUACCACAAUUUGGUAUGGUACUUAUAAAGACAUAGGUUAUUAUUAUCGACUUUUAAAAUUUCUCAUUAACAUUCAUGAAUCCAGUCUUAUCAACCAAUUGUUGAUCUACACUGAUAGAUUUGAGAAAAUCAUUUGACUCAAUUUAAUAGCCCAUUUCUGAAGAUCAUUAAUUUUUUUCAUUAGACUCAAUUUUUAAAACAAAUUUCAAAAUCAAGAAAUUAGGUUAAGUUUACAUAUUCUAAAUAUAAAAAUUCUAAGAUAUUUUUUCUAAUAACAAGGUUCAGAAAAUUAUACAGUUGAGAGACAUGACUAGUUAAUCAUUUUCCUAUUUACUGACCAACAUAGCCAAUAUAUCAAUUUAUUUGUUGAAUUCCUAAUUGGAGGUAUACUUUAAAGGAAUCUAUGGCACACUUGAAUUUUCAAAACUCAGCAAAGUUCUAGUUUUAUGUGGUAAGAUUAAAAUAAGAAUAUUGAAACUGAUACAUUGGCUCAUUAUACUACUACUUAGUGUCUUAUUAAUGAGAACCUACUGAGAUGUAUUAUUUUUCAACACUAAAAGUUGAGUAGGAAAAAGAGAAACCAGAAAUACAUUUUUACAUAAGUAUUUCAUUAAUAGCAAAAUUUUAAAAUGUCUGUUGCCGAUUUUGACAGUGGAGUCAUUUAAGUAGAAUUUGCAGCACAAUUUACAUCUGCAAAGUUCAGAAUCUCGGUUUUUUUCUUUAAUAAAAGCAAGUACUUUGGUUUCCCAGUUAGAGUAGUUAACAAUCAUAUCCAAAUAAGUUACUUUUUUACCUAGGAUAUCUGUGAGAUUGAUGGGUGAAUUGAGAAGGUAUGCAUAAUUUAAAGUAGUUGCUUAGAUGUACUUCUAAAAAACAUUGCUAUUUCAUAUUAUGUACAACUUUUUGGAUUAUGGCCAAUUCUGUUAUAGAUAGUUAAAUGUUACAGUAUGCUUACAGAAAAUUUUAACCUAAAGGCCUGAUUGAUUUAAUUUGGAAUUAAAAAAGAUUGGUAAGCCUGUUUUUUAUUGAUCAUCUUUUGAGUUAGGUCAGAGAGCUUUUACAACUACCAGUGUUAUUAAUCUGAAAUUCUUUGGGUUUAGAAUUCAUGAAUCCCUGAAAUUGUGCAGAAAGUUGAAUGUUAAAUGCAUUUUUAAGAAAGAAGGGUUGCAUGGUUUUCUGAAAGGGAGCUGUGAUUCCCUGCCUCCAAAACAAGCAACAAGAAAUGACUCUUACAAUAGCAGCUUCUUAAAAUAGUAAUACUCUUUGUUUUCUUCCACAAAUCAUAGCUUUCCGUAAACCCAGUU